AGUUUAUUUGCUUGCUACUUCUGAAAAUUUUCAGUGAUGUGGAGGCUAAAUGUUGGACGAGCAUAGUUGGAUUUUGGAGGGAGGUUCCUGUAAAGUUUCCCAGAAGAAAAUGGAAGUUAGCAGGAAUAGCUUAAGGCAUCGCCCUUUGACUCCUUUCAGGUUUAUGAGGGGCCUGAUGUGUUUGAUGGUUUUUCUUUGUAGCGCUUUUAUGUUCUUGGUGUAUUUCGGGCCCCCAGUUGCUGUCUUGCUGCGUUUAAUCAGCAUACAUCACUGCAGGAAAGCAACAUCCUUGCUCUUUGGUCUUUGGCUAGCCUUGUGGCCCUUUCUCUUUGAAAAGAUAAAUGGUACUAAAGUGAUAUUCUCUGGGGAUACUGUCCCAACAGGGGAACGCAUAUUACUUAUUUCCAAUCACAGAACUGAAGUUGAUUGGAUGUACUUGUGGGAUCUUGCAUUGCGGAAAGGAUGUCUGGGCAGCAUUAAGUAUAUUCUUAAGAGCAGCUUGAUGAAACUACCUGUCCUUGGUUGGGGAUUUCAUAUUUUGGAGUUCAUUUCUGUGGAGAGGAAGUGGGAAGUUGAUGAACCCAUCCUUCGCCAAAUGCUUUCAACAUUUAAGAAUCCUCGGGAUCCCUUAUGGCUUGUUGUUUUCCCUGAGGGAACUGAUUUUACGGAACAGAAAUGUCAAAGGAGUCAAAAAUUUGCGGCUGAAGUUGGACUUCCUAUACUGACAAAUGUGUUGCUUCCAAAAACAAGGGGCUUUUCUGUUUGCGUAGAAGAACUGCGGAGCUCUUUGGAUGCAGUUUAUGAUGUGAGUAUUGCUUAUAAGCAUCAAUACCCAACCUUUUCGGAUAAUGUAUUUGGCAUUGAUCCCUCGGAAGUUCAUAUUCAUGUUCGGCGAGUCCCUGUGAAGGAAAUCCCAGCCUCUGAUAGUGAGGUUGCUUCUUGGUUAAUUGAUACAUUCCGGCUAAAGGACAAAUUGCUCUCAGAUUUUAAAGCUGAGGGGCAUUUCCCUAACCGAGGAGCCGAAAGAGAACUUUCUACACUGAAGUGCUUGGUGAAUUGUACAGUGGUAAUAUCUUUGACUGUAUUAUUCACUUAUUUUACCUUUUUCUCCUCAAUUUGGUUUAAACUAUAUGUAGGUUUAGCAUCUGCAUAUCUUACCUUUGCGACUUAUUUUAAAAUUCGGUCGGCUCCGGUCACUUGCUUAGACAAAGAUUUGUUUUCUGUUUCCAGAAAAUCAAGAAAUGAAUAAUGUCAUUGAAUGUAUUAGUUUUGGGGAAUAUAAUGUAAUGUUUUUU